UCGGGGACUUCACUUUGGCCAAGCAGUUAAAAGCUGUACGAUUCCUUGAAACCGUGAUAGCGAAACAUUUCUCUGAUAGUGAGAUGGUUAGUCUCGUUUCAAAUACAUCCGUAAACAAGUGCUUGGGUGCUUGAAUAGUGAUAAUUGACGUUAUAUUUGGAUUCGCUCAUUUUGGAUAACGAUUCUCUUUUAUAAAAUUCAUUUGACUGUGAUAAAACCACUGUUGGUGAAUCGUGAUAAAAAUGAUGUGAUUUAGUUUUAGAAAAAGUGAGUGGAUUCGAGUUUAUGUUAUUGAACUCAAUAAUUUAGUUUCUUUGAACUCUGCGUCAACAGGUGGAAACGACGAUAUUUAGUUAGUCAUUUUGUGGAUUUGUUGUUUUAAACAUGCGGAUGUGGACUAACCAAGUGGAAGCCAGUGUUGUGCCAUAUAUUGUAGUCUUCCUUGCACUACACGUAUUGGUGGAUGGCCAUUUCACACACCAAUGGGCAGUUCAUGUAGAGGGUGGCAAACAAGUGGCUGAUAAUGUUGCCAGAGACCAUGGAUUUAUCAACAGAGGAGAGAUAAUCGAAGAUCAUUGGCACUUCACCCAUAAUCGAGUAGCUAAAAGAUCCAUCUUACCUAAUGAUGAAAGAAAAGUACGAUUGGCUGUAGAUACGAGGGUCAAAUGGUCCCAACAGCAAGUAGCGAAAAGGAGAGUUAAGAGAGAUUUGGCCCUACAGGAUUCUGAUCCAAAAUGGCCAAGCAUGUGGUAUUUGAAUCGAGGAAAUGGCUUGGAUAUGAAUGUCAUUCCUGUGUGGCAAGAUGGUAUAACAGGAAAAGGUGCUGUUGUUACUAUCCUGGACGAUGGACUGGAAAAAAAUCACCCUGAUUUGGUUCAGAAUUAUGACCCGAUGGCCUCCUACGAUGUUAAUAGUCAUGACUCUGACCCUAGUCCACGUUACGACAUGAUAGAUUCCAAUAGGCAUGGAACCAGGUGUGCUGGCGAAGUGGCAGCAACGAGUAACAACUCUGUGUGUGCUCUUGGCAUAGCGCAUGGUGCCAAAGUUGGCGGUGUUAGAAUGCUGGACGGAGACGUCACCGAUGCAGUAGAGGCCAGAUCCUUGAGUUUGAACCCUCACCACAUCGACAUUUACAGCGCCUCCUGGGGCCCAGACGAUGACGGCAAAACCGUCGAUGGACCUGGUGAAAUGGCCACAAGGGCCUUCGUCGAAGGGGUCACUAAAGGAAGGAAUGGUAAAGGUUCGAUCUUCGUUUGGGCAUCUGGAAACGGUGGAAGAGAUCAAGACAAUUGUAAUUGCGAUGGAUACACAAACUCUAUAUACAGCUUAUCGAUAUCAAGUGCUACAGAACAUGGUCAUGUACCUUGGUACAGCGAAGCUUGCAGUUCGACAUUGGCCUCGACUUACAGCAGUGGUGCUGUGGGCGAGAAGCAGGUUGUCACCACUGAUUUACGGUUUGCCUGCACCAGCAGUCAUACUGGUACAAGUGCAUCCGCUCCUUUAGCAGCAGGUAUAUGUGCCCUUGCGCUAGAGGCGAAUCCAAAUCUGACAUGGCGUGACAUGCAACAUAUAGUUGUAAGGACGGCAAGACCUGAGAAUUUAAAAGCCCAUGAUUGGCAGACUAAUGGUGUCGGUAGGAAUGUUUCACAUAGUUUCGGUUAUGGUUUGAUGGACGCCCAUGCCAUGGUCCGCUUGGCAAGAAGCUGGAAAACGGUUCCAGAACAGAACAGGUGCGAAAUAACAGCUCCACAUGAUCAGAAGGCCAUUCCGGCGAAGAGUGUGGUCAUCCUGAAGCUUCAAGUGACUAAAUGCGAGGGCGUGGCUGUUCUUGAGCAUGUCCAAGCAAAACUUACGAUAUUUUCUCAGAGAAGGGGUGACUUGAAUAUACAGCUGACCUCCCCUAUGGGAACUAGAGCAGUUCUGUUAGCUCAUAGAACGCAUGAUAAUUCGCGUACGGGUUUCAAUAACUGGCCAUUUAUGUCCGUUCAUUCUUGGGGAGAGUCUCCAAUAGGUGUUUGGGAAUUGGAGAUCCACAAUGACGGAAGGCUGUUGGCUAAUAUCACUGGUUGGACUUUGGUUCUCCAUGGUACCGCUACAAAUCCAAAUGAAGAUAGUACAGAACAUCCGUCGAACAAUAUCGACAAUAUUUCAUCAAAUUCUUGGAAAGGAGAUGAGAUAAGGAAAGAUACUUUAGAAGUAGAGGAAGAGGUGAAAAGCACUUCAGGCUGCUCGAAACUUGAGGGUCAAAUGAGUUUAGGUUUGUGUAUUGGUAUCAUUAUGUGCUAUAUUUUCUUAUGGAACCUAAAAGAUGCUUUAAUCAUACUGAUAAUACCAAGCUUGUCAUCAUUCAUCUUUGCCAUCAGCUUUUGGUGGAAGGACUUAAGAAACUUGAAAUCUCAUUUAAUGAUGAAUCAUCAUGAUUUUAGAAAGCAGAAUCUAAAAAUAAUAUUGGACAGAAGUCAAAAAUUGUCUGACAACAAUUUUCAUAACUUCCACAAACCAAAAACCAGAUUGAAAAUUGCAAAUAUUUGCUAUCAGUGUUUGAAACCAAUAUUUAGCCCUUCAAAUUGGCAAGAAGAUGAGUUGAGAAUACCAUCUACGGAUUUCGUGACAGAGAAUACUUUUCCGACCAAAGAUUCUGUCUUGCAUAAUGCUUAUGGAAAUAUUCCUCUAGAAUGAAUUAAUGUUAAUAUGAAGAUGUGAAUAAACAAACUCUCAUUUGUUAUGUUAGAUUAUAACCUAUUUAUUGAAUUGUACAGUCUGUUUUAUAAUCUUUAGUUUGAGUGUCCUGGCAAAAGAUGCAAAUUUUUUUUUAAGCGGCUAAUUUAUUGUGGAAUAUACAGUCCGGUUCAUAUUUUGUGCUCAAUCAUUAUCAAAAAUUUCACUCCAUGUUUUCUUUUGUCAAAUACUGAAAAUGUUCAUAAUUAAUUGAUUUCAACAUAAAGAUUAUUAUACAGUGUACUCAUCGUCACUGCUAAAUAUUUGAAAGGUUUUAAAUCAGAUUACAUUUCAUCUUCCUAUUUUAGGUUUCCUGAAAAAUAUAUAAUGGAUAAAUAAUAGUUGCCAAAUAUCAUAUCAAUCAAUCAAUUAAAUACAAUUUAAUUUUGACUUUGCUGUCGAGUAUUACAUGAAAGUUGCAGGUAGCUGAACAGAAUCGUGAGAAAUCUUUACUCCCAUUUCCCUAAUUCAAAUAAUUCAUUAAUGAAAAAACAAUUUGUUCGUAUUAUAUUUCAAAAUCCAAACCAUAUGUCAGGUUUGAUUUGAGCCAUCGUAUGUUUAAUGUGAAUUUUUUUUUACAAUGAUUUAUUGAUGAAUUAUAAUGAAGUAAUUCAUUGAAAUUUUGAUGAAAAUCUUUUGCCAAAUCACUUAAUAAUUAUGUACUUGUGCCGUGUCAUCUUAAUCAACUAUGUAUCCUAAACGUUAAAUGUGCCAAAAGGACCGGGUACAGCACCAGAUGAAUCGACUGGCCUGAUCGAAGAUUAUCAAGUGAAAUUAUAUCUACAACGUACCAAUUCAGAUAAAACGGUGUCAUCUGGUCAUUUGUUUUCGUCUUGUAAUUGCAAUGUAAUGUUUUCUGUGAUUAUUUAAUUAGUGUAUAUAAUUACAACAAAGACUCCUUUAUAUUUUAUUAUUGUUAAUUUUUGAAAGUUGUUCCUGAACAAUAUGUUUACCAUUUAGAAUCAUAGGAUGCAUGUAAAAUGACUGACUGAGGAACUGUUUUGCGGGUGAAUCACUUAAUAUUGACUUUUUUGAUCAUAUUCAGUGAAAAUUCGGUGAAAGAAAAUGCUCAAUGUAUGAAUGAAGAAAGUGUUUUCUCGUAUUGUAGGUAUAGAUGUCUGUAACUAAACCAUAGUUUUAAAUUAGGUUAGACAUUUUGACAAGACUAUUAUCCUUCUGGCGGCCUAGUAUUAGCAUUUCUGUUUAUUGAAGCAAGAUUUGAAAGCCCUCAAUGAUUUAGAUCUAUUUUGGAAACAAGGAAAUCUGUUGGUUCACAUUAUAACGAUUUGAAUAAUCGUUCACAAACUUAAAGAAUAUUGACUUUACCAGCUUCUCAAUCCUUAUUCCAAUAAUAUGAUCGAGGGCAUCAUAUUGCUUAUGUUGGUUGGUCAAAAUCUGAAACUAGAUUUUCCUGAUAGAAUAUAAUCCAUUGUUUGGAUUUGCACUGGCAUAACAACAGUUUCUGUUGUUAACCAACGAGAAGAUUGAUGAUUUGAAUCGAAUUUAGAUUCUUCAGAACUGCUAAAGACUAAACAUAUGUUGUUACAAUACAUAUAACUGUUUGUAAACUAACUGAAUCAACUAAAUAAAUUGUGGCUAUAUAA